CGGGCGCGGGGCCCGAGCGGAGGCGGAAGCGCAGCCACGGCUCUUCCGGCGCGCGGCGAUGGCGGCGGAGGUGCUGGGCAGGGCGGCGGGGCUCGGCCUCGAGGAUCUUUAUGUCUCCGAUCGGGAAGGCAGUGACUCCACUGGCGAUGGGACGCAGAAGAAACCCUUCAAGACUGUUCUGAAGGCUUUGAUGACUGCGGGAAAGGAACCAUUUCCUACCAUUUACGUGGACUCACAAAAGGAAAAUGAGAGAUGGGCCAUUAUUUCCAAGUCGCAGAUGAAGAAUGUCAAGAAGCUGUGGCACCGGGAGCAAAUGAAGAAUGAAGCGAAGGAGAAGAAGGAGGCAGAAGAUCUCUUGAGAAGAGAAAAGAACCUGGAGGAAGCCAAGAAGAUUGUCAUCAAGAAUGAUCCCAGCCUUGCGGAGCCAAAAUGCGUGAAGAUCGAAGCCCUGAAGGCUUACAGAGGCCAGCGCGUGAAGGUUUUUGGCUGGAUUCACAGACUGCGGAGGCAAGGAAAAAACUUGAUGUUCAUUGUUCUGAGAGAUGGCACAGGUUUUCUUCAGUGCGUCCUGUCAGAUGAACUGUGUCAGUGUUACAACGGACUGGUUCUCUCCACGGAGAGCAGCGUCGCGGUGUACGGAACACUCAACCUGGUUCCUGAAGGCAAGCAGGCUCCAGGAGGCCACGAGCUGAACUGCGAUUACUGGGAGCUCAUCGGCCUGGCUCCGGCAGGGGGGGCUGACAACCUCCUCAAUGAGGAUUCCGAGGUGGACGUGCAGCUCAAUAACCGGCACAUGAUGAUCCGAGGCGAGAACAUGUCCAAGAUCUUCAAGGUGCGCUCCACAGUGGUGCAGGCCUUCAGGGACCAUUUCUUUGCCAAUGGAUACUAUGAAGUCAUGCCACCGACCCUGGUCCAGACGCAGGUGGAAGGUGGCUCCACCCUGUUCAAGCUGGAUUACUUUGGAGAAGAGGCCUACUUGACGCAGUCGUCCCAGCUCUACCUAGAGACCUGCAUUCCGGCGCUGGGAGAUGUGUUCUGCAUCGCACAGUCGUACAGAGCUGAGCAAUCCAGGACCCGCAGGCACCUGGCAGAAUACACCCACAUCGAAGCCGAAUGUCCCUUUAUAAGCUUUGAGGAUUUAUUGAAUCGUCUGGAGAACUUGGUGUGCGAUGUAGUGAACAGAGUCUUGAAAUCGCCUGCCUCAAGCUUACUGUACGACCUGAACCCGGGCUUCAAGCCGCCCAAGCGCCCCUUCCGCCGGAUGAACUAUGCAGAGGCCAUUGAGUGGCUGAAGGAACAUGAUGUGAAGAAGGAGGAUGGCACAUACUAUGAGUUUGGGGAGGAUAUUCCAGAAGCUCCCGAGAGGCUGAUGACGGACACCAUCAACGAGCCCAUCUUGUUGUGCCGAUUCCCUGCCGAGAUAAAGUCUUUCUACAUGCAACGCUGCCACGACGAUUCCCGGCUUACGGAAUCUGUGGAUGUGCUGAUGCCCAACGUCGGUGAAAUCGUCGGAGGCUCCAUGCGUAUCUGGGACAGCGAGGAGCUGCUCGAAGGCUACAAGAGAGAGGGCAUCGAUCCCACGCCGUACUACUGGUACACGGAUCAGAGAAAAUACGGCACGUGCCCCCAUGGCGGAUAUGGUUUGGGCUUGGAGCGGUUCCUAACCUGGAUUCUGAACAGACACCACAUCCGAGACGUCUGUCUCUACCCACGCUUCGUCCAGCGCUGUAAACCAUAGCCAUCCUGGUGAUCACCUCCUCGGAAUCUGAGCCACCAACACUUGGGAAGGAACGAAACACUGCUUUACUACAGCCCCUCGGAGAACAAGACUUACUGUAACGCAAAUACUGAUUUAGUGUGUGCAAAGGGAAAACGCAGCCCCCUUUUUAAGGGAAAACGCUAAUUAACUGGAAGAAGCCUUAGGAAAAAAGUGCUAGGUGCGUUUAUGCUCUCAAGCCAACGUAAAACAAAGAUCCUGAUUUAAAAUCCAGGAUACGCUUCUGCUUUUCAUUGCUGGGACUUAAAAUAUGCUGGGCAUCCAAUUGGUUUAAUUGGCUUUAAUUUUAAUCAGUUUUUUCCUCUGGUUUUGUUUUGGGAAAUGAUGAGUGAGAAUCAUAAAAUCAUGGAAUGGGUUGGGUUGGAAGGGACCUCAAAGCCCAUCUAGUUCCAUGGGCAGGGACACCUCCCAAUGGACCAGGGGGCUCCAAGUCUGUCCAGCCUGGCCUUGGACACCUCCAUGGGCAGCCAUGGAUUUUAGGCUCUUUCGGUUCCCAAAUAAUGACCUCAGAGAAUGGGAUGAGGAGACAUCAUCUGAAUGGCUCAACAAAGGCCGAACCUGGUAAUGAUUGCACUAAGCACUGCGCUUUUGUAGCUCCUGCAGGGUUUAAUGACAGUUCCGUUGGUGUUUAUCCAGUAGCAAAGUACAUAAAAUGAGAAUUGAGCAUGGAUUCUGCUGCCAGAGAUGUGGGUGGUUUAGUUUUCCUGGAUUAUUUACUGGUUAGAAGUGGUGAGGUGGGCUUGGCCGCAGGGUCCUUGCACUGCAGCCGGGAGUGCAGCGCAGGGGCCGUGUUCCCGCAGUGCCGCCCGUUACCUCCUGGACACGGUGCUGCUUCUCCACAUUCCGCUCUCCCAUUUCAAACCAGAAAUGACUGAUUGGAGACCCAGUGACGCUGAUAACUUUGGAAUACGAUUGGAUGUCGGUAUUGCUGCUGUCUGUCCCCUCUGGAUGAACUGUAGUUCAAGCAGUGCUUUCCCCGUUCCCUGUUUAGCUGGCUCGGUGUUCUCUUGUGCUGCUGCUGAGCAGACGCGCUGGCUGUAAUCAAGUUUUCAGACAGGAUUAAUUAACUAUUUAAUGUGUUGAGCCAUCGGUAUGCAUUUUAGUCAUAAACACAGCAAUUUCUUUCACUAGAGGGAAACAAAACUGGUAGGCGCCUCAUUUGCUGCCCACACUGCAAUUUGAUUUGGCCUCCAUGGAACGAUUGUGCGAUCUCCAUGUUUUCGUAGAAUGACUGGUUUCCUUCUCCCUGCAUGUUCCGUGUAUGAACUGGUUCCAGUCACAACCAAUAAAUUAUGAUAACAUCAGCAAGAUUACUGUU